AUGAAACCAUCGCCUGCAGGGGAGGCUGUGGAUCCGCCCGCGAUUGCCUCCCCGAAUCUGAAACUUUCCCUCCCCGCCCCGCGUUAUUCUUCCGAAGGGGAAAGCCGAAGUGUGGCUGGCAAAGAAGCUCCUCCCCCGCCUCCCUCCGCGUGUUCAUCCUCCAUAGCGGCCUCCUAUCUCGCCCCAACCCCGCGAGCCUCCCUUUCCACCUCCGUGAAGGGGCUUGUCGAGGCCGGGCAGCUGGCUUUCCUCGUCAACAGCAACGCGGAUCUCGAUUAUCGCGUGAAUAAACUCCUGGAUGUCGAGAUCGACGACGAUUUCAACGAACUCGCCGGGUAUAUCGACGAGGUGGUGCCGGAUUUUUUCACCCGUCGGCCGGAAAAUCCUUUUUCGUCGGGGGAUCCCCCCUCGGAAGGGGAGGCCACCGCCGCGCCUCGUCAACGUAGCCUUUCAAAGGCGAGUACGGCCCCCUCCCCUCCGCACUCCGUCUCUGAACUCCGCUCCGUGUUGCAGGAGCAGAUCAUCCACACCCAUCGCGAUUUUCUCCGCGAGCUCAAACAACUCUACGAUACCUUUUUAGACGCCUCCGAGCACGUCCGGGAGUUGGAUCGGCGGUGUGGCGAACUCGAGAUGAUCACGAACGCGCGCGCGCAGGAAACGGCGGCAUUCGUGCAGCACCUCGCCACCCUUGAGGCGGAGUUGCAGCUCGUCGAUCAGCGCGAUCACGCGCUUCGCGAAUUUCGCGAAAAACUCAACUUCGGCGCGGAGGAGCAGCGGGUGUUGGCGGAGGAACCCGUCGGCCCCCGCUUCCUCGACGCCCUCGCGCGGACGCGGCGGGUGCACGUGAAGAGCCUCGCCUUUUCGCACCUCCCGGAGUAUCAACGCAGUGCGAGCGCCGUGGCGGAGACGACCUAUCGCGCGAUUCUGCUUGCCUGUGAAAAGAUCGCCCGGUAUCUGCUUCUCGCCACCCCGGUGGAGCGGUUUGGCGAGGAAGACGAAGGCGGCAAUCCCGGCGGCGGGCGAACCGCGAUCGCCGCGGAUGCCCCCGGCGGUUUUCCCGAUUUUACCUCCGCGCGGCGGCGGUGCUGCGGGCGGAGAGCCCCACCCGGUGGGGGGAGGUGA